AAUACACCUGAUCACUAGCGCUUGCUUCGCUUCCGUGUCAUUUUGCGCCUAUGUCUAUGGAUUAAAGCUUGCCCACGCGACGUCGAUCGCUGAAUACAUACACCGAAUUGGCGCGGGAAAGGGGUUAACGGGGCAGCAUGGGGGAUUUAGCGCAAGCUGCCAUGCUUCUUGAUUUCAGCAAGCCUAUAGAUGUAGGCCUGCUCGAUGCGACAGUAAACCUCAGCAUGCAGUCCGUCGUUGGAGGCGAGCAGCAGAGAGCGGCUGCGGAAAAGCUGCUGCUGGAGUUCCAGGAGCACCCGCAGGCUUGGACGCGUGUUGAUACUAUCUUGGAGACGUCUCAAAACCAGCCCACCAAGUACUUCGCACUUCAGAUCCUUGAGAAUGUCAUUCGCUUCAAGUGGGGGGCGCUGCCGCUGGAGCAGCGAGAAGGCAUUAAGAAUUACCUUUCCAAUCUGAUCAUUCGCUUCUCCACAACCGAGGAGCUGUUUCGGAAGGAAGCCACCUUUGUGAACAAGCUCAACAUCCUCUUGGUCCAAAUCCUAAAGCACGACUGGCCCACACGCUGGAAGAGCUUUAUCCCGGACCUCGUGGCAGCGUCACGGACCAGCGAGACGUUGUGCGAGAACAGCAUGAAAAUCCUCAAAUUGCUCAGCGAGGAGGUAUUCGAUUUCUCACGCCUGGACCUGACGCAGGCCAAAACCAAGGAGCUAAAGCAGACGCUUACGGUGGAGUUCAAAGCCAUCCACGAGCUGUGCGUGUUCGUACUAAACAACACGCGCAAGCCCGAGCUCAUACGGGCCACGCUGGACACGUUGAGCGUGUUCCUGACCUGGGUCCCGCUGGGUUACAUCUUCGAGGGAAACCUCCUGGAAAUGCUGCUGCAGCUGUUCCCGCAGGCGCCCUUCCGCAACGUGGCGCUGCAGUGCCUGACGGAGGUGGGCUCCCUGCAGAUGUCCACGGAGUUCAACGUGCAGUUCGCCAAGUUCUUCGACUACUUCAUGCGGCAGCUGGUGCUGGUGGUGCCGCCCAACGUCAACAUCCCGGAGGCCUACGAAAAGGGCACGGAUGACCAGCAGAAGUUCGUGCAGAACCUGGCGCUGUUCUUCACCAGCUUCUUCAAGGUCCAUAUCGGCAUCCUGGAGACCCCCGAGCUGCAGUCGCAGCUGCUGGCGGGGCUGGAUUACCUGAUCAACAUAUCCUACGUGGACAACACGGAGGUCUUCAAGACGUGCUUGGACUACUGGAACUUCUUCGUGCCCGACGUCUACUCCUCCUCCUGCACCGGCGUCGACCCCACCGGCGUCUCCUUCAUGUUUGCGCCCCCCGCCACCCACGGCGUGCCUCCCGCCCCCGGCGGCCGCAAACUGCUCUACCGCACCACCCUCUCCAAACUGCGGCAGCUCAUGAUUUGCCGCAUGGCCAAGCCGGAGGAGGUGAUUGUGGUGGAGGACGAGAACGGCAACAUUGUGCGCGAGACGAUGAAGGACAAUGACGUGUUGGCGCAGUACAAGUCGAUGCGGGAGACGCUGGUGUACCUGUGUCACCUGGACUAUGAUGACACGGAGCACCAGAUGCUGGAGAAGCUGAGGAUGCAGCAAAUCUCGGGUGGCAAGUGGACGUGGGGGGCGCUCAACACGCUGUGCUGGGCCAUCGGGUCCAUCGCGGGGUCCAUGGCGGACGAGCAGGAGAACCGCUUCCUGGUGACGGUCAUCCGCGACCUGCUCAACCUGUGCGAGGUGAUCCGGGGCAAGGACAACAAGGCGGUCGUCGCAUCCAACAUCAUGUACGUGGUGGGGCAGUACCCCAAGUUCCUGCGGGCCCAUUGGAAGUUCCUCAAAACAGUCGUCAACAAGCUGUUUGAGUUCAUGCACGAAACGCACCCGGGCGUGCAGGACAUGGCCUGCGACACCUUCCUGAAGAUCUGCAACAAGUGCCGCCGCAAGUUUGUGGUGCUGCAGGUCCAGGAGCGCGAGCCCUUCAUCUGCGAGCUGCUCAACGGCCUGACAGACACCAUCCAGGACCUGCAGCCGCACCAGAUACACACCUUUUACGAGGCGGUGGGGCUGAUGAUUGGCGCGGAGUCGGACCCCGUCAAGCGGGAUGAUUACCUGCACCGGUUGAUGGGCCCGCCCAACACCACUUGGAGUCAGAUCCUGGCCCAGGCCCGCGCCAACCCCGACGUGCUGAAGCAGCAGGAGGUGGUCAAGAGCAUCCAAAACGUGCUGCAGACCAACGUGUCGGUGUGCUCCUCUCUGGGUCAGCCCUUCCUGGUGCAGUUCAACGUCAUAUUCACGGACAUGCUGCAGGUGUACCGGCUGUACAGCGAGCUCAUCAGCCAGGCCAUCUCGGCGGGGGGGGCCAACGCAGCCAGGACCACGUUUGUCAAGUACAUGCGCAGUGUGAAGAAGGUGGCGCUCAAGCUGAUUGAGACGUUUGUCGACAAGUGCGACGACCCGCAGCUGCUGGCGUCCGCCUACGUGCCCGCCAUGAUGGACCCGCUGCUAGGGGACUAUGCGAGGAGCGUGCCGGAUGCGCGCGACGCGGAGGUGCUGAGCCUCAUGGCCGCCAUCAUCAACAAGCUGCGGCAGCUGAUGGAGCCCGAGGUACCGCGCGUGUUCGAGGCGCUCUUCGAGUGCACCCUCACCAUGAUCACCCGCAACUUCGAGGACUACCCAGAGCACCGGCUGCAGUUCUUUGCGCUGCUGCAUUCAAUCGUGAACUCGUGCUUCAACACCCUCUUCCUCAUGAGCGCCGCCCAGCUGAAGCUGGUGAUCGACUCCAUCGUGUGGGCCUUCCGCCACACCGAGCGCAACGUGGCUGAGACGGGUCUGGCGCUGCUGCACGACCUGCUGGUGCAGUUUGCCAACAGCGAGUACGCCACGCAGUUCCACCAGACCUACUACCUGCACCUGCUGAACGAGAUUCUGGCGGUCAUGACAGACUCCUUCCACAAGCCGGGCUUCAAGAGCCAGGCCCGCAUCCUGCACCACCUGUUCACGCUGCUGGACAACAACGUGAUCAAGGCGCCGCUGUGGGACGUGGCGGCCAAGGGCGCGGCGGCCUUCCCCACCAACUCGUCCUUCGUGCGGGUGCAUGUGGUGGGGCUGCUGUCCAGCUCCUUCCCCAACCUCACGCAACAGCAGGUGAGCGCCUGUGUGGCGGGCAUGUUUGAGUACAAGGACUUUGCGGCCUUCAAGCACCACCUGCGGGACUUCCUGGUGCAGACCAAGCAGUUUGCGAGCCAGGACAAUGCGGAGUUGUUUGCGGAGGAUGUGGAGAAGCAGGUAGUGGAGCAGCGGGAGUCGAGGCAGCGUGUGCUGGCAGCCAUUCCCGGGAUGAUUCCGCAGGCGGAGACUAUGGCGGCGGAGGAGAUGAACGAGCAGUGAUGAGGGUACACUGGAGCAGCAGCAGCAGCCGGCAGCAGCAGCACCAGGAGGAGGAGGACGACGUAGCAGCAGCAGCCGAAGGAGACUAGCGGCGGCGGCUUGGGGCGUCCCUGACGCGUUGGUGGCUUCCACAACAGGGACAGCUGGGUGGACCUUGGGGCACCACCUGGUACGGGUGGCUGGCUGUGGGGGCGCCAGGGCGCAAUCGGCCCUCCUGGACUCUGCAUGCUGUCCUUCCGGUGCGCUGCUAGCCCCUUGUUGCUGCGGAUAUGAUAGCGGUCGCGCUUUUAAUGUUUCGAGUUUUGUUUGGUAAUGGUAGGAGGAUCCGUUUUGCAGCUGCAGUAUGGAUGCGCUCUUGUGGGAACCUUAACCUGACUUUGUCAUUUUCAAUGACGCGGCUUUCCGUGAAGGCCGCGAAACGGGGUUGAUGCUUAGGGUAUGUAGCGAGUCGGUUGCUCAUAGUUUGAAGGUUUAGCAGGCGCGGGGCUUUUGGGACGGUAGCUCAAGUUCAGUUUGACAAGAGCGAAGUAGUUUAGGAUUAUGAAAAGCUUGCGGUUUUGCACUUCCCUGCCUCCGGCAUGCAGUAACAACCAUAUGCAAGCUUGUAGAGUCUGCAGUAGGUCAUGAACAUGCGAGAGAGACGAAAAUCAGCUGCGCAUGGGAGCUUGGUGUUGAUGCACGCAAUGCUGAGUGGGCUUGGGUCGUGGAGUGGUAGCAGGGCUCUUGGUUUCACGUGGAUAGCGCAAGGGUGCAAGCUGCAGGGCUGCGGGGGUGCGGGGCUCUAUAGUUUUAAACUGGGAUUUUGGCAGGUGUGUGCAGCUUGCUUUCAUGGGGGGGGGCUUGGGGCUUGCCGCGGUACGGCAGCAGGCCAAAUUAUGAGCAGGCUAUUGUGGACAGUCAUUUUUAGCACAUGGGUUUGUGCUCUGCCCUCUUGUUUGCGCGAGUUAGUUGUCAUUUUGGUUGGGUGGGUCAGGCUCUUCCAGAUGACAACUAGUGCUACCACCCUAGGAAAUCCCCAUUUGCUGUAUGCCGAGACGAAUACGAAGAGUCGGGGAACUGUUUUCGCCCUUUUUAGGGUUCUAUGGUCUCGCUGCGUGCAUUGCUUGCCUGCUGCUAGCCGAGGUGAUGAGCUUCCCUCGGUGCCAGAUUUGCACAGGUGCGCAUGCAAACCGCCGAGUCCCCGUUGCAAAAACUUCCAAGCCCGUUGGCCUCUUGAGAGGACCGCAGAUGCGCAUCAGCAGGCUACCAGUUUCGCGAUGAGGAGGAGGGGCCCAUGGGGCUGUGGGGUGUCACUCGGCAGCUUUCUACUCCCUGCAUGGCACGCGCUGGUGUGUCUGCGUAGGAGUUAGGGCUGCUGUGAAGUGGACCUGCACCUGCUGCCAUGGGCCCCAGUCGUUCAGUCGCUUUAAGCUUGCCGUCCUUUCAGUUGCAAGACGUGUGUAUGUACUGCAACCUGCGCGUUUUAGCCUGCACUUUGUGGCUGGCGAAACGGUAUCCCUAAGCAGAGCUCCGUUUCAUGUUUGUCUUUGGGAACGUGCAACUUGGCUCCUGGCUUGGACGUGUAUCCCGCAUUGUCUUUUGCGCCAUGCGCAUGUGCUUGCCUGAGCUUUGUGCGUCGUCGUUCCUAGUCCAAGUACCUUCAUUGCUUUUCCGACUGUUGUCAUACCCGUGUGCUGUUUUCCUGUCCAAUCGUCCUGUCAUGUUACCCGUUCGCACGCCGACAUGGCUUUUGCCGCAGAGCUUCAGUCUGGCCAGUGGGCUCUCGGUUGCCUAAUCUGGCACCGUGCGUGGUCACGUCAGCUGCAUGUCGGGCAUGUGACGCGGCUGUGGCUAACGGAAGCGGGUGGGACGAUUGGACACACUUGAAGGCCGGUGGGUUCGUUUGAGGGACGCGCGCUGCCUCAUCUAGGCGCGUGUAUGCCUCAAACGGGCUGCGUGUUUACAGAACGAUGCGAAGGCUGGUCUUAA